AUGUGUGAUUGGAAUCAGCCGACCGAGCCUCGCACCCUGGGACAGCACCUCGCCCACCGUCUGUCCCAGAUCGGCGUAAAGCACUUCUUUGGGGUCCCAGGGGACUACAACCUGCAGCUCCUGGACGAGCUGGUCAAGGACAAGUUCACGGAGGGUCGCUGGACCUGCAAUGAGCUUAAUGCUGGCUACGCGGCCGACGGCUACGCGCGUGCCACUGGCGUCGGCGCUGUGGUGGUCACCUACACCGUGGGCGGGCUGUCGGUGAUCAAUGCUGUGGCAGGGGCCUACGCGGAGAACCUGCCGGUCAUAUGUAUCACAGGCGCCCCCAACUCCAAUGACAUCUACAGCAACCACCUGGUGCACCACACCAUCGCACGCAAGGGGUCCAUGGAGCAGGAGCUGCACUGCAUGCGCCAGGUGACCUGCGACCAGGUCAUCAUCAGCCAGCUGUCCGACGCCCACGAGCAGAUCGACCACGCCAUCUCCGCCGCGCUGCACAACUCCAAGCCCGUCUACAUCGCGGUCUGCGCCAACCUGGCGGCCCUGCACCACCCCUCCUUCGACGCCUCGCCCGUGCCCUACAGCAUCACGCCCAAGCGCAGCAACCCUGCCAGCCUGGAGCAGGCGGUGCGCUGCGCCGCCGCUUUCCUGGCCGGCAAGCAGAAGCCGGUGGCGGUGGGGGGCGGGCUCCUGCGCCUGGCUGGCGCAGAGGAGGAGUUUGUGCGCCUGGUGGAGGCCGCGCAGUACCCCUUUGCCGUCAUGGCGGCGGGGAAGGGGCUGGUGCCGGAGGACCACCCGCAGUGGAUGGGCACCUACUGGGGGCAGAUCAGCAGCCCGUUCGUCGCGGAGGUGGUGGAGAGCGCAGAUGCCGCCCUCUUUGUCGGUGCACAGUUCAACGACUAUGCCACGGCCGGGAACUCGCUCAACCUGCAGCAGUCACGCAUGAUCAAGGUGGAGCCCUAUCGCGUAGUGAUUGCAGGAGGAAAAGGAGGGCAGGUCUUUGGCUGUGUCCGGAUGGACGACUUCCUGUGUGGACUUGCGGAGGCAAUCACGCCCAAUGACACCGCCCAUCAGAUCUUUAAGCGCCUCUGGGUGCCCACGCCCGUCGUAGAGCCCAGCGAGGAGGGCUCCCCCUUGCGCACCAAGGUCAUUUGCGCUUGGCAUCUCUUUGCCCAUGUGCAAAUGCUGCUUGAUGACAAGACUAUCCUUAUCGCCGAGACCGGGGACUCGAUCUUUAAUUGCCAGAAGCUCAAACUGCCACGGGGAUGCACGUACGAAUGGUCGCAGCAGUACGGGAGUAUUGGCUGGAGCGUCGGCCAGAAGGAUGGGCGGCGCGUGGUGGCGUGCAUCGGGGAUGGCAGCUUCCAGGUGACUGCCCAGGAUGUGUCCACCAUGAUGCGGUACGGACAGAAUCCCAUCAUCAUCCUCGUCAACAACGGCGGCUAUACGAUUGAGGUGGAGAUCCACGAUGGACCCGCUGACAACAACUACAACAUCAUCAAGAACUGGGACUAUGUGGCCCUUUUCAAAGCCAUGCAGAACAAGGAGGGCCAGCUUUUUGCCACCAGGGCGAAGACCGAGAAGGACCUGGAGGAUGCCAUCGAAUUUGCGAAGAACGAGGCUGCUGAUUCGCUGUGCCUCAUCGAGUGCAUUGUGCACAGGGAUGACUGCAGCAGCGAGUUGCUGGAGUGGGGGGGCAGGGUGGCAGCGGCCAACAGCCGCCCUCCACAGUCUGAUUGA